AGCACCUAUUUCCUAGGGUUUAUUAUUAGUACCGAAGGGAGUGAGGCCUACGAAAGUGCCUUCCGAGGACUUAAGGAGAAGCUCACUUUAGCCUCGAUCCUAGUAUAUUAUAACCUAACCGCUCCGACUAAGAUUAAGACUGACAGGAGUAGAGGGCGGAGCUUAAAGGCCUCUAGCGAGAAGAUCGGUUUAAUAUCUUCUCCGAUUAUUAAGCCCUACAGGAAGCGGAAUAUUAUUGUAAAUACCCUCUCCCAAAAAGAUCUUAGUUUAGGAAACGGACGAGAACAGAUUCUUCUCCCUCGGUUGUGUCUCGAGCAUAGCGUAUACCCCAAGGACCGCGACGACCCUACCCCUACCCUAAUUAGUACCUCCGAAUAUAUUUUAACGGCUACCAGUAGCUCUAAUAUUAUCACCUAA